GUUUUGCAGCAUUAAUAUGAUAUUGGAAAAUCUUGAAUGGAACACAAAUUAUGGAAUGAAAAUGAUAACUAGUCUCAGUGUAAUUCAGGUAUUGACCAAUGGAUACACACAUCAUAUGGCUGCUGAUCAGUUUUGUCUCCGGUGGAAUAACUUCCAAAUUAACAUAACCUCAGCUUUGGAAAGCUUGAAGAGUGAUGAGGAUCUGGUGGAUGUGACACUAACAUGUGAUGGACAGAAUGUCAAGGCUCAUAAAGUUAUACUCUCAGCCUGUAGUCCUUACUUCAGGAAUGUUUUCAAGGAGAAUCCGUGCCAGCAUCCAGUGGUAAUACUUAAAGAUGUCCGAUAUGAAGAUGUACAGGCACUUCUGAGCUUCAUGUAUCAAGGUGAAGUUUACAUUUCACAAGAUAGGCUGGCACCAUUCCUUCAUACAGCAGAAUUGCUGCAAGUACGAGGUCUUGCAGGUGCUGCUAAUCCAUUCAGAGAAACACAGCAGCAGCAGCAGUCACCUGCACCACCACCACCGCCGCCACCACCAACAGCACUGCAACCUCAGGUGACCACAUCUCAUUCAAAGCAACGCAAACCAGUCUCCUUACCUUCAGUCCCACCCCCUGUUUCUCCACACCUCCACACACAUACUCGCCCAAGUUUACCAGCAUCACCAGCCUUCAUCACAUCUGAGCAGCCAGCUACAGUAUCACCAGAGUUACCAGUUCCUGUGAGUGUUUCACCUACUCUCUCUCAGCCAUCAAGCCCUCAGCAUGACGAUACUCCUGUACCACUGUCCAAAAGGCGCAAAGCAUUCCCACGCCGCUUUGCAGUUACACCCGUACCACCACAGUUGUCCUCUCAGGAGGAAUUCUCUGCUCCUCCACAUCAGACUGCUUCACAGACUCCUGCAGUUCCAGACAGCCCACUGCAUGACCUGCCUGUCACAAUAAAAAAGGAACCAAUAUGUCAGGAUGAGGGGGGUAUACAGGAGGAACAGACUGUCAGGGGAAUGGAUGGGAACGGCAGCCCGUCAGCAUCUGGUGCGUCAGAAGAUACAGACUGCUUUGGAAGCAAUUUGGGUGAUGAGGAUUCUCGUGGGGUGCCACUGAAGGAAGAAAGUAGAGGCUCAUCUCCUCCAGCCUCUCAGCAACAGAGCAUGCUCAUGCGGUCAUUGUCUGGUGCACCACCACAGCAUACUGCUGUGCAUGAAGAUGUCAUUAGACGUCAGAAGAGAAGAUCGCAGUGCAGCAGGCAGCCACGCCCGUGCCACCUGUGCCAUAGGAUGUUCAGUAACUCAGGCAACCUGAAGCAACACAUUCAAAAUGUGCACCUACCAGCCCAAUUCAUCACAUGUCCUUGUUGUCCGAAGUUACUUAAGAACAAACACUACCUUCGUAAGCACCUCGUCCUUUACCAUGGAGCGCCAUUGAGGCGCAUCCACACUCAUGCUGGCCGUAUUGUGUGUGUGUAAUAUUGAAAGUACUGUGGCAAAUAAGUGCAAGUGCAACUCGGUACCUGUUGCGUGCAUUCUUAUGAAGUGCUGUAUCUCAGUGGCUAGCUGUUCACUAAGACUGAUUCAUACACAUUGAAGUGAACUGUAGUUAGUUGACAAUCCAACUGACAUAUUUGAUUGGUGAUUUAUGGUGCCAUUAGCAUGAUGUUCGUUGAAAUUUAGUUUAAUAUCUUAGAGACUCUUGUGAGGCAUGUGAACCAUUACAUGAUAUAACCUGUGUUACAUAACAGCAUUUUUUGAGGUAAAAUAUGAUUUUGUGAACUCAGAAGAUACGAAUCUAAGUUAAAUUUCAUUUCUUAGCAAUAGGACUGUGCUGGAGGAGUCAUAUUGGCCAUAUAAACAAGUUUUAAUAUCCACGCAGUUUUUGUUUUUUGAAGUUGUCAAAGAUGGUGCUCAUUUAUACAAAUAUGGAUUGCUAUGGUAUAAUUCACACACUCAGAGUUUCAAUAAACCUUUUGGUCAAAAUGUGUGUCAUUUCUUGGAAAAAAUAUAAUCAUAUUUUUGUAGCUGAAUGCAUGUAAUUCUAUGAAGAUUUAGGCAUAAUUAUCGUGCCACUGAUCACAAAAUAAAUUAACAGAAGGAACUGUUGUGCUGGGGUAUGUGUGCAAUAAAGAAAAUUCUGUGUGUUUGUUUAUUGGUUAGAAGGUGGCAUAGCUCUUUGAGGGCCAAUUGUAACCUUAACUAACCACAGUCGCAGACACUUUGAAAGGGUGGUGGUCACAUUGGCUAACCACAUGUUUUUCUCAGUUCACACCUCCUAAGUGGUAGUUCGUUAAACCAACCACACAUAAUUCAACUAGGUGACAGAAAAAUUGUUGUGUAGCACUUUUGCUGCAUAUG